CGGGCUGGGGCGGCCUCCCCGCAGCGUCCCGCCGGGGCAGCGGCGGCCAUGGCUGUGAUGGCCGGCGGGGGAGCGUUCCUCGGGCCUGGGCCUCCUCCUCCUCCUGCUGCCGCGGUGCGGGCCCGGCCGGAGGAAGAGCUCGGGCCAGCAGGAGGGGAAGGCUCCGGCUCCUUCCACUGCUCCUCUCCCUUCCCUCCUUCUCCCGGCCAAGUUAACGAGACCCUCGAAUAAAGCGUGAUAAAGAAAUGGAAAAUGAGGUUCAGCUUGUCCAUCUCCCUGAUUUGCAAGGACGACGUUAUUUUUAAAUGAUGUUCUGACACCAAAUACAGAGAACGGUAAUUUUCCCUACCAAGUACCCAACUUCCAUAAGUGUGAGAUUUGUUUGCUGUCUUUUCCAAGAGAGACCCAGUUUCAGCGCCAUAUGAGGGAUCAUGAGCAAAAUGACAAGCCUCACCGGUGUGACCAGUGUCCGAUGUCAUUUAAUGUUGAAUUCAACCUGACACUUCACAAAUGUACUCACAAUGGCGAGGAUCCUACGUGUCCUGUGUGCAACAAGAAAUUCUCCAGAGUAGCCAGUCUAAAAGCACAUAUAAUGCUACAUGAGAAAGAGGAGAAUCUGAUCUGUUCAGAGUGUGGAGAUGAAUUCACUUUACAGAGUCAGCUGUCCAUACACAUGGAAGAACAUCGUCAAGAAUUGGCAGGCAGUAGGAUUCACAGCUGCAAGUCUUGCAAAAAAGAAUUUGAAACUUCUUCACAGCUAAAGGAGCAUAUGAAAACUCACUAUAAAAUAAGGGUAUCAAAUACCAGAUCUUAUAACAGAAACAUUGAUAGAAGUGGGUUUACCUAUUCCUGUCCUCACUGUGGAAAGACUUUCCAGAAACCAAGUCAGUUAACACGACAUGUUAGAAUACAUACAGGUGAAAGACCUUUCAAGUGCAGUGAGUGUGGGAAGGCCUUUAACCAGAAGGGGGCUCUGCAGACCCACAUGAUCAAGCACACGGGGGAGAAGCCCCACGCCUGUGCCUUUUGUCCCGCCGCCUUCUCCCAGAAAGGCAACCUGCAGUCACAUAUACAGCGAGUUCACUCCGAGGUGAAGAAUGGCCCUACAUACAACUGUACAGAAUGCAGCUGUGUCUUCAAAAGCUUGGGUAGUUUAAAUACACAUAUCAGCAAGAUGCACAUGGGUGGUCCACAGAAUUCUGCAAGUGCUUCAACAGAUGUGUCUCAUGUUACAGCGGACUCUGUCACCCAACCUUUAACAACAUCCCCAUCUAAUCUUUUGCAACCUGUUGAUAACAAAUGGAAGAACGCCACACAUUUUCGGUCUCCACUUCUUCAACAGACAGAAAACCAGGUGUCUCCAGCUGCUGCUCAUCAGGGUCAGCAGACUGUCACUGAUGUCAUUCAGCAGCUCCUUGAGUUAUCAGAACCAGGUCCAGUAGAAAAUAACCAGCCUCAACAACCUGGUCAACAGCUCAAUAUUGCAGUGGGGAUCAGUAGAGAUAUUUUGCAGCAAGCAUUAGAGAACAGCGGGUUGUCAUCAAUUCCUGUCUCUGCACAUUCUACUGACUGCAGCCAGGCUAAGGCUGCUGGGGCCCAGGAUCAGAACCCAGAUGUCCCAAGCCUCUCAAAUCACCAGGCUGAUUCUAAUAGUGCCGAACAAGAUAAGGAGCAAGAGAGUACAGAUAAACUAGAUAAAAAAGAAAAAAAGUUCAUUAAGAAAAAAUCACCAUUUUUGCCUGGUUCUAUACGUGAAGAAAAUGGAAUCAGAUGGCAUGUUUGUCCGUAUUGCUCUAAAGAAUUUAAAAAACCAAGCGAUUUAGUGCGCCACAUUCGCAUUCACACCCACGAGAAGCCAUUCAAGUGUCCCCAGUGUUUCCGCGCCUUUGCUGUGAAGAGCACUCUAACAGCACACAUAAAAACACACACUGGCAUUAAAGCUUUCAAGUGCCAAUUUUGUAUGAAAAGCUUUUCCACCUCAGGGAGUUUAAAAGUUCACAUUCGCCUGCAUACAGGUGUUAGGCCUUUUGCUUGUCCUCACUGUGACAAGAAGUUUAGAACAUCGGGCCAUCGGAAAACUCACAUCACUUCACAUUUUAAACAUACAGAACUAAGAAAGCUGCGACAUCAACGUAAACCCGCAAAAGUUCGAGUAGGAAAGUCAAGUGGUCCAGUACCAGAUAUUCCUUUGCAAGAGCCCAUACUCAUAACUGAUUUAGGUCUUAUCCAGCCAAUCCCGAGGAACAGCCCGGUCUUCCAAAACUAUUUUAACAAUAAUUUUGUGAAUAAUGCAGAGAGACCAUACAAAUGCUAUUAUUGCCAUCGAGCGUAUAAAAAAUCCUGUCAUCUUAAACAACACAUCAGGUCUCACACAGGUGAAAAGCCAUUUAAGUGCUCUCAGUGUGGAAGGGGUUUUGUGUCAGCUGGAGUUCUGAAAGCACAUAUUAGAACACACACUGGAUUGAAAGCUUUCAAGUGUGUUGUGUGCAACGGGGCCUUCACUACUGGUGGUAGCCUCAGGCGACACAUGGGGAUCCAUAAUGACCUUCGACCGUAUAUGUGUCCCUACUGUCAAAAAACAUUCAAAACAUCACUCAACUGUAAAAAGCACAUGAAGACUCAUAGAUAUGAACUUGCACAGCAACUUCAGCAGAAUCAGCAGUCUUCUUCAAUAGAUGAUUCUACAGUACAUCAGCAGAGCAUUCAUGUUUCUACACAAAUGCAGGUGGAGAUACAAAGUGAUGAGCUACAGCAGUCUGAAACUGUUGCAACAGAUCAGCAGGCUAUUUUAGAGUUAGACCAGCAGCCAGUAGUAGGCACAGAAGAAACAGCACUAGAACAAGAAUUGGCUGAUCAGCCUUUAGAGCAAGAUGAGGAUAGAUUUGUGACAUCCCAGCAUGCUUUACAGGAAAACAUUACUCAGUUUGAGCAACAGACUAUAACACAGCAGCCAUUUGAUCAACAGAGCUUAUCACAAGGUUUUACUGUGAAUGACAGCUACAAUCAACAGAGUCAAUUUCCAGCUGUACAGCAGCUGCAGGAUUCAAGCACACUUGAAUCUCAGGCUCUUUCAACGAGUUACCAUCCACCAGCCCUUCUUCAGGUUCCAAAUACAGAGCCUAUUAACGUAACCGCUCGCUUGAUACAAGAUCAGUCACCACAGGAAGAACUUGAGUUGCACACCCAACGACCUCAUUUUCUUGAGGAUAAUGAAGAUCAAAGUAGGCGUUCAUAUAGAUGUGAAUAUUGCAACAAGGGUUUUAAGAAAUCCAGCCAUUUGAAACAGCAUGUGCGAUCACAUACUGGUGAGAAACCUUAUAAAUGCCAACUCUGUGGCCGUGGUUUUGUUUCCUCAGGAGUUCUUAAGUCACAUGAGAAGACUCAUACAGGAGUUAAAGCAUUCAGCUGUAGCAUUUGCAAUACCUCCUUCACAACUAAUGGCAGCCUUACCAGGCACAUGGCAACUCACAUGAGCAUGAAGCCUUACAAGUGCCCAUUCUGUGAUGAAAGCUUUCGAACAACUGUUCACUGCAAAAAACAUAUGAAAAAACAUCAGACAGUCUCCUCAGCUGUAGCAGCAGCUACAGAUACAGGAGGGGGAGUUGCAUGUGUUGAAGAUGAUGAUGAAAGCUCUGAAAGGACUUCCAGAAAAUCUCGUCCUGGUGUCAUAACUUUUACAGAAGAAGAGACAGCAGAACUGGCAAAGAUUAGGCCUCAAGAAAGUGCUACUGUUUCAGAAAAAGUUCUUGUUCAGUCAGCUGCAGAGAAAGACAGAAUUAGUGAAAUCAAAGAUAAGCAAGCAGAACUGGAAGCAGAGCCCAAAUAUGCCAACUGUUGCAGUUACUGUCCCAAAAGCUUCAAAAAACCCAGUGAUUUAGUCAGGCAUGUUCGUAUCCAUACUGGAGAGAAACCGUAUAAGUGCGAUGAAUGUGGGAAGAGUUUCACUGUAAAAUCCACUCUGGAUUGUCAUGUUAAAACGCACACAGGCCAGAAACUCUUCUGUUGUCAUGUGUGCAGUAAUUCUUUUUCUACAAAAGGAAGUCUAAAAGUUCACAUGCGCCUGCAUACGGGAGCAAAGCCCUUCAAAUGCCCACACUGUGAUUUGCGGUUUCGUACUUCAGGGCGCAGAAAAACUCACAUACAGUGUCAUUAUAAACCGGAUACAAAGAAAGUUAGGAAACCUGUUGCUCGGACUUCAACUGAGGGACUACAACCAGUCAGUCUUCUUAAUUCAUCCUCAACAGACCCUAAUGUGUUCAUCAUGAAUAACUCUGUUUUGACGAGUCAGUUUGAUCAAAAUUUACUUCAACAAGGACUUGUGGGCCAGGCUAUCCUGCCUGCUUCAGUGUCAGCUGGAGGUGACUUAACUGUGUCCUUGACAGAUGGUAGCUUGGCCACUCUUGAAGGAAUACAGUUACAACUUGCUGCUAAUCUGGUUGGACAAAAUGUUCAGAUUUCUGGAAUAGAUGCCACUGGUAUUAACAACAUAACGUUACAGAUCGAUCCAAGUAUUCUACAGCAGACAUUACAGCAGAGUAAUUUACUUACUCAGCAGCUGACUGGAGAUCCCACCAUGACUCCACAGAAUCCCUCCCUCCAGGCAACAGAAAAUGCAGUGCCGGCUAAUGUGGUUAUUCAGCCCAUAUCAGGCUUGUCUUUGCAGCCCACAGUAACAUCAUCUGCUAACAUGACAAUAGGGUCCCUGUCUGAGCAGGAGUCUGUGCUGACAACCAGCGCUAAUGGUGCACAAGACAUUACUCAAGUUAUGACUUCACAGGGUAUGGUGUCAUCUACAAAUGGACAACAUGAGAUAAUGUUGACCAUAAAUAAUUCCAGUUUGAGUCAAGUUCUAGCGCAUGCUUCGGGUUCUACUGCUGCGACCUCAUCAGGAAGUCCUCAAGAAAUCACUCUUACAAUAUCUGGCCAAGAUCUUAUUCAGCAUAAUUCUGGAAGCACUGAUCUGAACACUGGCUUAAGGCUGACAGCACCAACCAUCAGCAGUCAGACUACAGGUGCUACAUUAACUAUAAGCAAUGACCAGCUUCUUUCUCAGGGCCCUUCACUAAAUGCUCCAGAACUUAAUACAACAGGGGGAUCAAACCUUCCUCCAGCGACACCCAUAUCUCAGUCUGCAGUUUCUGCACAGAAUUUGGUAAUGUCUUCAUCAGGAGUUGGAGGAGAUGGUAGUGUCACUUUGACUCUUGCUGACACUCAGGGAAUGUUGUCAGGUGGUCUUGAUGCAGUUACACUUAAUAUCACUUCACAGGGUCAGCAGUUCCCUGCUAUACUCACAGAUUCCAGUCUUGCUAGCCAAAGUGGAUCAGGAUCACAGCAAGUCAUACUGGUGAGCCAUACCCCCCAUUCAGCACCUGCAAACUCUGAUGAAAUAACGUAUCAGGUGACAGAAGUUUCCCCUAAUGUGGCUAAAAGCAGUCAAGCAGAAAAAGAAACUCGUGGGCACCAGUGUUUUGAGUGUAGCCAAACCUUUUAUUCCGUCACCAUGCUGACACACCACUGCAAAGAGGUCCAUGGCAAAGAGCGAAUACACGUUUGCCAAAUCUGCAAUAAGGCCUUUAAGCGGGCAACACAUCUCAAGGAACACAUGCAAACCCACCAGGGUGGACCUUCACUGAGUUCCCAGAAGCCUAGAGUGUUUAAAUGUGAUACUUGUGAAAAAGCUUUCGCUAAGCCAAGUCAGCUGGAGAGACACAGUCGCAUCCACACAGGGGAACGACCGUUUCAGUGUACACUGUGUGAAAAGGCAUUUAACCAGAAGAGUGCUCUUAAAGUCCACAUGAAAAGGCACACAGGAGAGAGACCUUAUAAAUGUGAUUACUGUGCCAUGGGAUUUACACAGAAAAGCAAUAUGAAACUGCAUAUGAAACGGACUCAUGGUUACACUGGUCCUGUACAAGAACCUGCAAGCCACCAAGAACAAGAAGGGGAAGACAUUAGUCGUGCUCUGAAUUUAGAAGAAGUGGUACAAGAAUCUUCAAAUGAAUGGCAAAAUAUAGGCAAUGUUUUUCGAUAACACCUCGAAAUUUGAAAAUUAAAGAUGUUUCUGGGACUUGAACUUUACAGUUAAAGCUUCAAACACUGAAGAUACUAACAAUAGAAUAAUAUAUUAUAGGUUUUUUUAAUUAUUUACAGAAGUUACCUAAAAGAUUAAUUCUUUUUUUUAAGCUUAUAGAAGAAUAUUGGGAAAACUUCAUUUAAUCUGUGCUAAAUUGUCUGUGAAUCAAUGAACUCAGGUAAUAAUUUCAUCUUUGAAUUCACAGACAAUAUAUCUAUUUAAAGAUAAACUGGAACUUUAUAUAAGAAUAGAAUGAUUCCCAUUUUUAAAGGAGAUGAUUAAUAACUUCACAGGAAAAUCAUGAAACUGUCAGUCAACUAUUUUUAUGUAUUUAAAGAAAUAAUUGAGAUUGGAAACAAAGUGUUGCAGUUGAUGGUGCAUGCAGUAUAAAAUAGUGGAGUUUUACCUUUCUUUUUUUUCCUUACAAGGCUGUAUUUUUUUUGAAAGCUUUCUUUUUUAGUGCAUUUCAAGGAUUUGUUAAAAAAAAAUACUGCAAGCUCAUAACUUUUCUUGAGUUAAACUCUUGAGAGGGAGCAUGUUCAUUUUCAUUCCAACCACAAGAGGCAGUUAGUUUUUUAGAGUAAAAAUCUUGAGGUUUUGGACUUGGCAAUAAUUACUUAAAAAGAAUCCAAAUGAGAAAAGGUUCUAGUAAAAGCCUCUGUUGUUUUUGCUGUACUGGGUCAGCAGGUAUAUAUCUCAGUAUCUGUGGAAAACAGCCAUAUACUAAAUCUGUGAGGUAAACAAGUUCAGUUUUGUGGUAGCAGUGAGAAAGUUAGAUUCACACUAGGUCACCUAUACUAUACAAUGUUCCCCAGUGCUGUAAACAGUUAUAAUUUUGAAUCUGUAAAUUCCUUACUAUUUUUUUUGUGGAUUUUGGAAAUAUAUUGCAUUUAUUUGUUGUUUUAAGUCAUUGUUUCAGCAAAACUACCUAGCUGACUGAGUAUUGCUUUCAAAGGUGCCACUUGUUAAGUAUAUUCAUAGCAAAGAAACACUGGAGUAAAAGCAUAGUUGUCUUUUAGACAUUCCAAAGACAGAAGCUGUUUUCUUAUUUUUGCCUUGUUCUUUUGAAUUUUAUUUAUAUGUUACAUAUAUAUAGAUAUAUAUAUGUGUGCUUAUAUAUGUAUAUAUAUAUAUUUAAAGUUUAUGAGCCUCUGUGUGGCUGAUCAGUAUAUUUUGUAAAUACUAAUCCCAGUUGCAAGGAGUUCAUCUGUUCGGUUGCCACAAGUAUUUCUAGAUCAGUGGUGGAUAUGUUGUACUAUAAUACCGACCUGGACUUUCAUUUACUUUCUAAAAAAUAAUUGUUCUCAGAUCCAAAUGCCCUUUCCUGUAAAUAUUGUCUAUACUCUGUCUAUGGUACAAACUAGUUAUUUCAGACUUCUGAAGCAAGGAAUUGCUGUUGGUUUUGAUAGGGCAUCUCUUAAUUCUUUUGUUAACUGUUCAGCAUAUGUAUAUAAGUAAUAUAGUUGGUGACAUGAAAAUAACACUUUUGUUAUGUGGAAUAUUUAAUUGAAAAACAUGCUAAAUAAUAUUACUUUUUUCCAAAUUCUGUUUCGUGUAUUUUUUAAGUAUAUGAAUCUGGAUUCUAGGAGAUUGGAAAAACUGCUUACCGAGUGCGUGUUUGAAUAUUAAAUGUAAAGAAUAAAGCCCUUCUAGCAGUGCCUUCCCUUCCAGGCAGCCUGUGAAUGUUUCAGCUGUUUAAGAAAGACAAUAUAUUUUACAGUUGUCUGGCCUCAUGGCAUAGCAUGUAGUUUAUCUGUAAUAAUACAGCAAAAUGUGCUGUGUUGCAUGUAUCACAUACUAUUUUUUUUCCCUGUUCAGCGAAUACUAUAUAAAUGCACAGAGGGCUUGGAACUCGGUGGUCUUUAAGGUCCCUUCCAACCCAGACCAUUUAAUGAUUCUGGGUUGCAGUGAUUCUUGGUACACACAACCUAAAAACUGAUCUCAUGAGUAAAAAGAUGGCAUUUUUAAAGGGUCACAUCUCAAAGCGUUAUGCCUUGGUUAGAGGCAGUUAGUCUGGUAGUAAGUCUUGGAAGUGUUAAAUAAACAGAGUUAUCGAAUCAACUGACUUUUUACCUGAAUUCAGUUUGCUACUCCUCCAGCCCUUGGAAAUCCUGUCAGCUACAGUAAUAGACUUUUUUAUAAAAUUUCUUUUUACCAUUGUAUUUGAUUUGCUUCUCUGCAUUCUCUUCCCUGUGAAUUUCAAGUGUCUUGACAGAGGUUUUUAUAGACUUCGUAAGAUUGAGUUGGAGCUUUUCAGAGCAGUUUAUGUGUUGAUGUUCAGAACAAAUACAGAGUAAGCAGUAUGUUGGUAUUUUCAAAAGCAAAGUGAAAGCAGAUGCAUUGUUUAAAGAAGCAGAACUUUUGUUCUGACAAGUGCUUCAAGUUCCACACUGUAUAGUGGGUAAGUGAACAGUGCUUGGGACAGCCUCUAUUCUUUCUGGUUUAAUGCAGUAGUAGGCUUGUGCUAGCCUUGGGGUUUUUGGCUUGUGCCCGCUUACAAUAUCUUUUAUGUCCAUUCCUUCAGUACAUUAAAUUACACACUCCUGGUAUUAAUUAGGCACUCCUGUUUCAGGAGAAAUCCUUUGCUGGCAAAUCAAAUGGCCAUUUAAACUGCUGGUUUUCAUCAAAACUACUAGUGUGUAACUAAAAGAAUAAAUUUCAGGCUAAGUUUUAAUCUCUUUUCAUGUUGGAAAAACAAUGCUUUCAAGUACUACACCUAUUCGUCUAAAAGAAGUCCAAAAAAGCUACUUCAACCCUCUAGAAAAGAUGACUGAAGGGAAAGAAGAGUGAUAAAGGCAAGAAGUUUUGGUUAAAUUCUGUUACUCCAAAGUGCAGCAUUUUGAAACAGGAAUUUCUCUGGGUUUUUUACCUUAAAUAUUCUUUCACUUUUUGAAGGCUGUUUGCACCACAUUUGUUCAGGAGGGGGCUGGUUUUUAUUGCCUGUUCAUAGAUAUUUUUUGCUUUGCAAUAUCCUUGUGGCCUGUAGCUGUCACUCUGUAGACACUGGCAUUCCAUAAUUGUGUCCUAUUAUCAGCCUUCUGGGCCAUGCAAUGUCACUAGAAGCCUGUGUGCAGAGUCCCAAAGUGUCAUUGUGUCAUUUUCUAGUAUCUGAACAUUAUUCAUAAACUCUGGGGGAUACUGUGGGGGAAUAAACCAACCAAAUCUAUAUAUAUGUAGAAGUGUAUAUAUAUAAAGAAAUACAUAUAUAUCCUUUUCCUUUGUAAAAAACAAAACUGGCCCAAGUUUCAUUUCAAGUUGAUUACUUUAUUUCAAUAGUGUCUAUUUUUAAAAGCUGUGUUCCUUUAAGAACAAUACGUGUUCAAAUUAAAUCAACUAUUACGUUGCAGAGUAUACAUCUGAAUGAAGCUACAAUAGAAAAAUACACAUAGCAACCAACAAAGGUAAUAGAUGUAAUAUGUGUGUGUAUGCUUAAUCAUUUUGGCAGUUUUGUUUUCUUUAGUCUCUGUGUAUUUUCUAUCAUCUCAUUUUCCAUUGUUUCGUAUUAAUGGACACUGAUUUAAACCUACAAUAGAUUUAGAUGUGAAAUGCAAUUAACAUAUAUUUAUAGGUAACUUUUACUGGGCACUUAUUAGGAAUACUGUUUCAACCUAGGAAGCACUAAUUAUUAUCUACUGUGCAUAGGCUAAAACUAAAAAAAUAAAAUAAUUAAUCACACUUAGAUGACAGUUUGAAGAAAUGGUAAGUUUAAGUAAUGAAACAGUGCAAUUCAGAAGAGCCUUUUAUUUCCCUAAGUGUGGUUGGAAAUACCAUCUCCACACAAUCAUUUUAGUAAUUUGUGAACAAUUCAUAUCUAUAUCUAACUGAGCUAUAAUUUAUUUCUAUGAGGCAACUACAAUACAACAGUUAAAUGUUCAAGGUAGUUUACUACAAGUUUGCUUUGGUGCACUGCCCUUAAUAGGCAUCCAGGUCUAACUCAGGCAAAAGAUGAGCCAAUCAAAUACAACACUGCUGCAAUACCAAGAGAGAUUUAAAAUUCUAACGUGAGAUGUGCAGGACUAUCUGAGAUACCAGUACUGAAGGGCUUUCUUUCAGAAAUUAGACUUUUUUUUUGUUUAUAUGCUUAUUUACUUAACUGUACUGCAAAGUUAAUGCUGUUGCAGCAGAGUUUAUGUGAAGCACCAGUGACAUCCAGUGGUCACAUGUGCAGUCUUAGAUGUUUCUCUGGGAAUAUCCCUUAUUUUGUAACAUUAGUCUAACUCAAAUUUUAAAUCCUCUUUCUCUCCCUCAUCUACUCUUUAUUCUAAUGGUUUGGAUGCAAUGAGCAAUUCAUGGCAUGGAAAGAAUUUCCUUAUUGCUAUUGCUCCACAUCAUAUUGAUUCUUCAACAUCUGCCCCCUCCCACACUUCACAUACCUUGAACUCCCAAGAUUUGAUAAACCUUUCCAUGACUGCCUAAUCCUGUUAUGAAAAUAAAUUAUUCUGUGAGUGAGAGAAGGAAGAUUAAAACAAAAUAAAAAAAUAACCAAAAAGAAAAUUUGGAUAAACAGUCCUUACAACUUCUGCACAUGUUUUUUUUUUGGUUUUGUUUUAACAGCAGUGUCUCAAAAAUUCAUUAACAGCAGUGCUCAGUAUCCAAGAUAUUAUAGCUCUUUAUUUGUAAUUCUGAUGUUCACUAAAAUGAAACCAGAGGAAUUGAGCUUAAAUUAGGUGCUUGGGAGAAAUAAAGGAGUCCAGCAUACAGUUAGGGCAUCCUGAAGAAGAACAGGUAAAGUCAGAGAUCUUGUUACUUUACAUAAAAUAAGGAAAA